CUGGUGCGGGGUUAGUUGGCCGCGCACCCUGAAACCGUCAACAUCGCCUGACAUCAAUUUCACAAGCCCAUGUCCAAAAAUAUGUACCAAAAGUUGACAGAAGAUUAUGCGAAAAUUAAACGCUACGUGAAAUGGCUGUACGUUCUCUACGAACUGAACACGCAGAUCGCCAUCUGCGAACCCUGGGAAAAGGUGUUCCUAAAUGUCCUUCUAGGCAGUUGCGUUUCCCUUAUCCUCUACGCAUCCUAUGCCUUCGUCCCGGGCUAUUGUGUCACUGUCUUUCAACUCUUAUGGCCUCUGAAUAGCAUGGAAAAUCUCACCACCGUUUGCAAUACCAAUAUUGACGGCUUUUGUGGCAACGAAAGCGGAUCAGUAAUAACAUAAUCUUAGUGUAGCUUAUCUUAAGCAAUAAAUAAUUUUUAACGUAA